AUGGUUCUCGCCGUUGAUCUUCUGAACCCUUCCCCAGCCGCCGAGGCCAAGAAGCACAAGCUCAAGACCCUCGUGCCCGCCCCUCGAUCCUUCUUCAUGGACGUCAAGUGCCCCGGAUGCUUCACCAUCACCACCGUCUUCUCUCACGCCCAGACCGUCGUCAUCUGCCAGGGAUGCACUACUGUCCUCUGCCAGCCUACCGGUGGUAAGGCUCGAUUGACCGAGGGCUGCUCUUUCCGACGGAAGUAA